UUGUCAUGAAACAUUCCUCACCGAGAAACCAGAAAAAAGAUAUAUUCAGUCAUGGAUUCAAGAGCAGUUCAAACUCAGGGGCACAAGUACGAUCAACAUCAUCGCAAUCCUCACAACGUUGGGUCACAAGGAGUGGCACAUGGGGAUGAACACAACCAGCAUGACCAUGAGAAGAAGACGGUUAUGAAGAAAGUAAAACAAAAGGCCAAGAAAAUCAAGGACUCCAUCACAAAGCAUGGUCAUCAUGACCAUGAACGUGGCCACGAAUAUCACAAUGAAGAUCAGCAUAUCCCUGAUGAUCAUGACUUGGAUGAAGAAGAUGACGAAGAUGUAGACCACCCAGUCCAUGGAGCACCGAUUUACGACAGUGCACCUGGUAGAGGUGCAGCACGAAGGCAAGUCGAUGCUAUUGGGAAAAGUGGAGUUAAUUUAGGAGGUAUAGCAGUUAUGGGAGGAGAACCUCAUCAGGAACCAAGAGUAGUGGUUGUUUCUCCAACCACUGGAGUUAAUCAAAGCGGAGUCGCUGAGCCAACUAUGACAUUUAUUGAGGUAGAGAAAGUAGUGCAUACCAAGGUCAAUUUGGAGGAACAAAUUCACUUGGAGGAAGAUCCUCAUGCUCCACGAAGGGCACAUGCUCCACCAAAUCAUCAAACCAAAGUCAAAAAUCCAACUGGGGCAGGUGGAGCAGAUAUUGACGUUACCCCAGUUGAGAAAUCGUUCUCCAGGAUGACUAUUCUUUAUGAGCCAAACCAAGAACCACCAAACCUCUCUCCAACUGUUACUGAAACUCACCACUCUUCCGCUGGAAGGAAUUCCCAAAUUGCACCAGAGCUGUCUAGUGCAACUAAUUACCCAUCUAUUCAGAGCCAUGGCCAAUACAAGCCAGAACUUUCUGGUGAAGUUAAAACCAAAUACCCCAAUAGCCACGGUCAGUUUUCACCAGUGUUGUCUAAACCAACCAAAACUCACUACCCUGAAGCCCAAAGCCAUGACCAAUACUUGCCACAACAAUCGAGUGCUACAAAAACUCAAUACCCUUCUUCUGGAAGAAGUCAUGAUCAGUUUACACCGGUGUCAUCUACUGGACAUAAUAUUCAUCACCCGUCUACCAAAUUCCAUGGACAACACUUGCCACAACAAUCCAAUACUACAAAAACUCAAUACCCUUCAUCUGGAGGCCAUGAUCAGUUUACACCAGUGUCUUCUACCGGACCUAACAUUCAACACCCUUCGACCAAAAUCCAUGACCAACACUUGCCACAACAAUUCGGUGCUACAAAGACUCAAUACCCUUCAUCUGGAAGCCAUGAUCAGUUUACACCAGUGUCAUCUACUGAACCUAAUAUUCAGCACCCUUCUACCAAUUUCCAUGACCAACACUUGCCUCAACAAUUCAGUGCUACAAAAACUCAUUCCCCUUCAUCUGGAAGCCAUGAUCAGUACACACCAAUGUCUUCUACCAGACCUAAUAUUCAGCACCCUUCGACCAAAAUCCAUGACCAACACUUGCCUCAACAAUUCAGUGCUACAAAUACUCAAUACCCUUCAUCUGGAAGCCAUGAUCAGUUCACACCAGUAUCUUCUACCGGACCUAAUAUUCAGCACCCUUCGACCAAAAUCCAUGAUCAACACUUGCCUCAACAAUUCAGUGCUACAAAUACUCAUUCCCCUUCAUCUGGAAGCCAUGAUCAGUUUCCACCAGUGUCUUCUACCGGACCUAAUAUUCAACACCCUUCUACCAAAAUUCAUGACCAACACUUGCCUCAACAACUCAACGCUACAAAAACCCCGUACCCUUCAUCUAGAAGCCAUGAUCAGUUUACACCAGUGGCAUCUACUGAACCUAAUAUGCAACACUCUUCUACCAGAACUCACGACCAGCACUUGUUACAACAAUUUGAUGAAACAAAACAUCGGUACCCUUCAACGGGAAGACAUGUUCAGUUUACACCAGAAUUCUCUACCCAACCUAAUGUUCAGUCCCAUUACACCAAAACCCAUGAUCAAUACCCCUCAUCUGUAAACCAUGACCAGUACCCUUCUACCGCGAUCCAUGACCGACACUUGCCACAGCAAUCUAGUCAAGGUACGAAAAAUACCCAGUAUCCUUCAUCUGGAAACCACGAUCAAUUUCUACCAGAAUUUUCAACUCAAACAAGAACCCCACAAGCCUACAACACCACAGAUAUCGAGGAAUCCCAAUACGGAUCAAUGGAGAAACCAUCAAAUGAGAGCAGUUACACAGAUAAAAUCUCAUCACCAACAGCUUCAAUAGCUGAUACAGCCGUCACUGCUAAAAAUGCUGUAGCUUCAAAGCUUGGAUAUGGCCACCGAAAUGAGACUGAAGCAACUCGAGCAAAGAUGCAAGAGAACAUAAGCAACGAAGAACCAUCCACAGUCACAUUAGCUACAGCCGCAAUAGCUGAUAAAGCCGUCGCUGCCAAAAACACAGUAGCUUCCAAACUCGGAUAUGGUGCCGACACCGAAACAACUCGAGCAAAGAUGCAAGAGAACAUAAGCAACGAAGAACCAUCAACAGUCACAUUAGCUACAGCCGCAAUAGCUGAUAAAGCCGUCGCUGCCAAAAACACAGUAGCUUCCAAGCUCGGAUAUGGUGCCGACACCGAAACAACUCAAACAAACACAAGCAGCGAAAGACCAUCAACAAUCUCUUCAGCAACCUCUGCAAUAGCUGAUAAAGCUGUCACUGCCAAGAAUACUGUUGCUUCAAAGCUUGGAUAUGGUCCUGAAACAACACACCAAGAAGAAAAGCAAUCGGCAAUCUCUUCGGCAACCUCUGCAAUAGCUGACAAAGCUGUCACUGCCAAAAACACCGUAGCUUCAAAGCUCGGAUAUGGUCCUAAAACAACUCAUCGGGAAGAGGAAAAACCAUCGACAAUUUCUGCGGCAACCUCUGCAAUAGCUGAUAAAGCUGUCAAUGCCAAAAACACCGUAGCUUCAAAGCUCGGAUAUGGUCCUGAAACAACUCGUCGGGAAGAAGAAAAACAGUCAACAAUCUCUGCGGCAACCUCUGCAAUAGCUGAUAAAGCUGUCACUGCCAAAAACACCGUAGCUUCAAAGCUCGGAUAUGGUCCUGAAACGACUCAACGGGAAGAACAAAAACCAUCCGCAAUCUCUUCAGCAACCUCGGCCAUAGCUGACACAGCUGUCUCAGCCAAAAACACCGUUGCCUCCAAGCUCGGGUAUGGUGCUGACACUGAAACAGUUCAAGCAAAGCAUCACGAAGAAAAACCAUCAACAGUCUCUGCAGCCACCUCUGCGAUAGCUAAUAAAGCUGCCUCAGCCAAGAACACAGUAGCUUCAAAGCUCGGAUACGGUGCCAACACAGAAACAACACAAACAAAGAACUACCAAGAAAAUACAAGCAAUGAACAGCCAUCAACAAUUUCUUUAGCAACCUCAGCAGUAGCUGAUAAAGCUAUCUCAGCCAAAAACACCGUAGCUUCCAAGCUGGGUUUCGGUGACACAACAACAGCACAUGAAGAGAAGAGAAGAGAUCAUGCUGCUGCACCAACUGAAUAUGGAAAGAGUGUAGCUCAGUCUCUGACAGAGAACCUAGGUCCAGUUUAUGGAAAGAGUGGUGUGAAAUCCAAUGUUUCAGGUGAAAAUGCUAGUGUGGUUGUAGAACAAGACAAGGGUGUUUCUAUGAGGGACUAUUUGGCGGACAAGCUGAGGCCUACCCCUGAAGACAGGGCUCUCUCUGAAGUGAUAUCAGAGACUUUGCAUAAGAAGGAGCCAGUGGAGGUCAAUGAGGAAGGGAACAAGGGAGUGAAAAGAGUGAUUUCUGAUGCAGUGCAUAAGAGAGAGGAUGACCCUGAGGGAAGAGUAGACCAACAGAUACCAGUAUGGAAGGUAACAGAAUCAGAGGAAGUGAAAAGAAGGUUAGGAAGUGAAGAUGAAGAAACUGAGAGAAGGUACCAAGAGCUGUAUGUGAAGAGUCCAGGGACAGGUGUGGUUGAUAAGCUUAUGGGAAUGGUUGGGUCAUUGAUUACCAAUCCAGUGGAGAACGAAUCCUUACAAGAUUCCUCUACUACGAAUUAUGGGACAGAAGUGGAACAUCUUCGCCAAGGUGGAACUGAAAGAAGACUACAGGAGUCAUCUAAUUGAAGAAUCUUCUGAUGUGAAUUUGUCUAGAUUUAUGUUAUUGUUGUUUAUCUGCUGCUUGUGUAAUGUGUAUGGUUCUUUCUUACAAGAAGUCUGAUGUUUGAGUCACUGAUAAUUUAAUUUCAUGUUCUUUUAUUUUGUAUAUGAUGCUUUUGAGUCGGUACUGUUAUACGUGUGUUACUGUGUUAAUAAAAAUAUUUUAUGCAAUAAAUUGCGUUCUUUAAACA